UAUCCGCUGCUGAUUUCCUGCGUUCAAAACCUCAUCGCUGGCACUCUGAGCUGAAGUUUUCCCAACAUAUUUCACAGGUUUAUCUCGACUGUGCAGCUCGAGUAUGGGACGAAAUAAACCAGUUAUUGUUCCUGGACAUGUCGUGUAAUGUCUUCAGCGUUUCUGGUCGCGUUAUGAAGAUUUUCCUGAAGGACAAUGAAUAAUUAUAUUUUCAUCAGGGUCGUCGGGAAAGGGAGCUAUGGGGAGGUGAACUUGGUGAAAAACAAAACAGACAGAAAACAGUAUGUCAUUAAGAAGCUGAAUUUAACCACCUCCUCGAAGCGGGAGCGGCGUUCUGCAGAGCAGGAGGCGCAGCUUCUGUCCCAGCUGCGACAUCCCAACAUCGUGACGUACAGGGAGUCUUGGGAAGGAGAUGACUGCCAGCUGUACAUUGCCAUGGGUUUCUGUGAAGGCGGUGACCUUUACCACCGACUCAAACAGCAAAAGGGCGAACUGUUACCUGAGAGGCAGGUGGUGGAGUGGUUUGUCCAGAUAGCCAUGGCUCUCCAGUACUUGCAUGAGAGGAACAUUCUUCACCGGGACCUUAAAACACAAAACAUCUUCCUGACAAAGACCAACAUCAUCAAAGUUGGAGACCUUGGCAUCGCACGGGUGUUGGAGAACCAGAAUGACAUGGCCAGCACUCUCAUAGGGACCCCUUACUACAUGAGUCCAGAGCUCUUCUCUAAUAAACCCUAUAACCACAAGUCAGAUGUAUGGGCCCUGGGCUGCUGUGUGUAUGAAAUGUCCACACUGAAACAUGCCUUCAAUGCCAAGGACAUGAACUCGCUGGUUUAUCGCAUCGUAGAAGGAAAGCUGCCACAGAUGCCCAGCAGGUAUGACCUCCAGCUGGGAGACCUGAUCAAGAGCAUGCUGUGUAAGAGACCUGAAGACAGGCCUGAUGUCAAACUGAUCCUCCGACAGCCCUACAUCAAACGACAAAUUGCAAUGUUCCUCGAGGCCACUAAAGAAAAAACUGCCAAGUCUAGAAAGAAAGCUGAGGGGGGCAGUGGGGAUUGUGGUGCCAACAGUGGACCGUCUGUGGUGUCAUCUCAGCCAAAACCUGAGAGAAGUCCCCAGCAUGCACCUCCAGCCAGGGCCAAAUGGAAAGAAGAGAAAUCACAACCCAAACCUCCUUCCCCAGACGCUCUCAUUGCAUCCAUGGCAACCAUCAGCAACAUCAAUAUUGAUGUCCAACGUCAGGAGGAUGAGGACGUGAUGAAGAGGCAGGUGCAUGGGCCCCCGUCCGCUGUGUCUCAUCACCGUGGAGGGAAUGAACCCGUGACUCACAGUGUGCACAGAGACAGCCAGGGGAGAGGGAAACCAGAUCCCACUCCCACCCCUCCCCCUGCUAAGCCCCCUCUGAAGUCUGUAUCAGGUGUUGCCAGUCAGGGAGCAAAAGAGAGGAUGGCACCCAAUGGAUUGUUGGGUAAUCAUCCACAGGCUGCACCAAACCCUGCGGAUACAUUUUCUGUGAUUGAGAAACAGAUGUCAGAUGUGGAUAAUAAGGAUGACACCAUGGAGUUACUUAAAGAGGCUGACCUGCAGAGCCCAAAGCUGGAAGCUGAGAGAGAGGAGGCUCUUUCUACACCUGAGAGGAGAUCUGCACACAAAACUAAUAAAGAAAACAUUGAAGUUAAUAUGGACGAUAAAGGUGACACCAUUACCCUGCUGAAGGGAGCUCCGACCAAACACAAUACCCCUGACAUCCAAGAAAGCCUAGAAUCUACCGAAAAGCUAUUAGAGCCAUUCCCUCCAAAACUGGAGCCUGUUCUGGAAGAAUCUCCCUCACCAGCCAGUAAACCGGGUCGGACCCCUCCGUGCCCAACUCCCCUGUUCCUCUCAUCAGAACCGUCAGUGUCGCAGCAGCACAGAGGCAGGGAUGUUAGACGGACACUUGGGGAUCAGGAAAAGUCCAAGGUGGCUGCUCCUAGACCUUUACCUCCACUCCCUGUUGAGAGCACAGCCGUGGAGAGGACGAAGAGGAGCAGGAGGAGCACAGAGGGCAAGAAAUCCAGUGCAGCUGCCACCUCCACCUCAGUGAGCUCCUCGAAGGACGGGUUCUUACCGCUGCCACAGGAUCGUCCUCUCACUGCCAGAGAGAGGAGAAGACUGAGGCAGUCCCAGGAGGUUUCCAGCCAUACAGACGUUAGUGCUGUGAGAAGGGCAUCUUAUGAUGUCACUUCCACCAAGGAGGAGCACCACAACUCUCCAUACACCAGAUCUGUUUCAGCAUCUUUCACUGAGAUCAACUGUAAGCAGGAUAAGUUGCCGGAGCAAAGGUCAGAUGAAGACGAGUGCAGCUCAUCCACAAGUUCCACAGAACGUUUGGAGGGAGACUGCAGGGAAAAGAAGACCGAUUCAGGUGACAUGCACGAUUUAGUCAACAUGAUGACCCAAACUUUGAGAAUGGAUAUUGGGGACGGUGUGACUGAGGUGGACACAAGUGGAUUUAGCUCUACCUCGUUGCCAGAAUUCAAACUGAACAGGAAGUACAGAGACACCCUGGUGCUUCAUGGGAAGGCUCGAGAGGAUGCGGAGAACUUGUCACUCGGUGAAAUACCAAUCGGCUCGUCGUCUGGUCCAGCCAAGAUCAGGAGAGCCAUAGAGAAACUGAGGACAGAUGUGGUGAAGGGUCUGGGGGUCAAGCUGCUGGACAGGGUCCUGGAAAUCAUGGAGGUGGAGGACGAUACCAAACGAGAGCUGUGCCUUCGAGAUCAGAUGGGAGAUGAGAAGUACCAAGCCUAUGCUGUGAUGGUGAGGCAGCUGAAAUUCUUUGAGGAUAUUGCCGUCAAUGGCUAGAAGAAAUCCUGAAUACAACAGAGAAUAUGUUCAAUGAUACCAAUUGUGAAAAGAGGCUUUUUGAUUGAUCUCUAACAAGAACAUUUGUCUACGGGAGAAAUAUUUCAGCUUUCAAGUGUGCUCACCGAAUAUGAAUUGUUGCCUGCCCAGACACCAACACAAGCUUGUUUGUAGAUUGAAUUUCCACAAUGCUCAGGUGCGAGCAGUCUUCUGUUAAUAACUGUUUAAAGUUCCUUUUUUACCUUGUUUUUCAAAAACAGAAUUCUUAAUUACUGCUGUAAUUUGCAGACUGUCUAUGCAUAUUUUGAGUCAUGUUAAAGCACUCUUUGUUUUUCUACUUUCUGUAAUGGAUACUUGUUUAUUUAUAAUCCAUCUAUACAUUUCAAUAAUUGUUUCAUCUAUGCUGUUUCUUUGAAGACACUAGAUCUCCCUGUUCUUGCUGUAUUCUAAUUUCUUAUACACAAAAUAAUGUAAUGUAGAUGUAUUGCAGAUAUUAAUAUUUGAAUCUUUUCUAAUAAAUUCUAAAAUGUGA